AUGGACGUGGUCGUGGACGUGGACGUGGACAUGGAUAUGGACAUGGACGUGGAUAUGGACGUGGACGUGGACAUGGACGUUGACGUCGAUAUGGACGUGGACAUGGACGUGGACGUGGACAUGGACGUGGACGUGGACGUGGACAUGGACGUAGACGUGGACGUGGACGUGGACGUGGACGUGGUCGUGGACGUGGACGUGGACGUGGACGUGGACGUGGACGGAGACAUGGUCGUGGACGUGAACGUGGACGUAGACAUGGACGUAGACGUGGACGUGGACGUGGACAUGGACGUGGACCUGGUCGUGGACGUGGACGUGGAGGAACAUGGACACGUGGUCGUGGACGUGGACGUGGACGUGGACAAGGACGUGGACGUGUACGUGGACGUGGACGUGGACAAGGACGUGGACGUGUACGUGGACGUGGACGUGGACGUGGACGUGGACGUGGAGGACUUGGACGUGGACGUGGACAUGGACGUGGAGGACUUGGACGUGGAGGUGGACGUGGAUGUGGACGUGGACGUGGAGGUGGACGUGGAGGUGGACGUGGUCGUGGAGGUGGACACGGACGUGGACGUGGAGGUGGACGUGGACGUGGACGUGGACGUGGACGUGGACAUGGACGUGGACGUGAACGUGGACGUGGACGUGAACGUGGACGUGGACGUGGACAUGGACAUAACGUGGACGUGGACGUGGACGUGGACGUGGACGUGGACAUAA